AUGGUGGGUGUAGAAGGUCAGGGGGUAGUGAAUAUAGAAGGUUUGGGGAUGGUAGAUGUGGGAGGUCAUGGUGUUGGAGAUGUGGAAGGUUCAGCAAUGGUAGGUGUAGAAGGUCUGGGGAGUGUAGGUGUAGAAGGUGUGCGGGCAGUGAAUGUAGAAGGUUUGGUGUUGGUAGGUGUAGAAGGUCUGGGGGCAGUAGAUGUAGAAGGUUCAGGGAUGGUGGGUGUAGAAGGUCUGGGAACAGUAGGUGUAGGAGGUCUGAGGGCAGAUGAUGUGGAAGGUUCAGGGAUGGUAGGUGUAGAAGGUCCAGGGGCAGUAGAUGAGGAAGGUUCAGGGACGGUAGGUGUAGAAGUUCAGGGGGUAGUAGAUCAAGAAGGUAUGGGGAUGGUGGGUGUUGGAGGUCUGGGUGUAGUAGAUGUGGAAGUUUCAGGGAUGGUAGGUGUGGAAGGUCUAGGGAGGGUGGGUGUGUAUGGUCCAGGGGCAGUAGAUAUAAGAGGUUCAGGGAUGGUAGGUGUGGAAGGUCUGGGGGCAGUAGAUGUAGAAGGUUAG